AUGGCAGAGGAUUCAUAUGAAGAUGCCAUUGCAAGAUUGAAAAGAACAAAAAAGGUUUUAACCACUCCAAACCGGACCGGUUCCGGUUUGGAGUUUCAAACCGGUAAACCGGAACCGGUUAAGCGGUUCCUGUUGGAACCGGUUAACACCUUUACUCCUACAGGACAAGAUAGAAUUUCCAAUUUGCCAGUCGAAAUUAUCCGUCAGAUUCAAAGCCAACUUCCAAGUAAAGAUGCAGCCAGAACUUCUGUUUUAUCCCACUUAUGGCUAAACAUUUGGGUUAGUCGCCCUGUAAUUUAUUUGCACGACUGGCAUUUCGGGGCCCCCAAAAAAGAGAAAAGACAUGUCUUCUUAACUUACUUGGAAAAAUUCUUGGACAACCGUCACAAGUCUGAAUACUACGGUUCUGCAGUUGACAAACUCUUUCUCAGAAUGACAGUUUGGAAUUCUUCUGCUGAAUCCCUGGUUGAAAAAUGGAUUCGUUUUGCCUUGAAAAAUAAGGUUAAAACGUUAUGUCUAUAUUUAACUUAUCUUGAGCAAUUCAACUUGCCUAGUAUUGUAUCUAUAGCUGCUACAUUGGUUGAGUUAACCAUUUAUGGUUGUGAUAUUUCAAAUUGUUCUUUUAAGCUUCCUAAUCUAAGGUCACUCAAUCUAUCUUGUGGCUGUGUUGAGGAUGAUGAUUUCAAGAAUCUCCUUGCUGGGUGCCCUAGAAUCCAAGAGUUACGCAUUUCGGGUUCUAAAAAGUUGCAUAAUAUUGUAGUUUCAAAUCCUACCCUGAAAAUUUUUGGAGCGUAUCCUUGUGGUGGUAAAAUAUUGAUAGAGUCCACAAAUCUUGAAUCGCUUUUAUUUGGUUUCUUCGGCAAGGUCAUGCCCGAAGUAGAGAUUACUUCUACCGCAACAGUCAGGAAUUUGACAUUGCAGUGGGUUAAUGAUAAAGAGAGGGCAUUGAUGCAUUUUAUAAAUACAUUCCCUCAACUCGAGAAACUCGCGAUACAAAGAGGCUGCAGUAAUUUGCAAGUUUCUCAUCAGCAUCUGACAAGCUUUGUGCUGGAGUUUUGCCAUUAUCAAGUAGAGGAGGUAAUAAUGGAUGCUCCUAAGUUAAAAUACUUGGAGGUCUGCAGUGGUGCCCUUACGUUGUUUCCUGGAAUUGAAGCUUCACGGGAGUUGGAAUUUGUUAAAUUCAUUUUAAAACCCAAAAGGCUCGAUGAUCACUGGUACAUUUGGUUAAGAAGUAUUUUGGAGUCGUUUGCCCAUACCAAGCGUUUGAGUUUGAUUUGCCGUUCUGAACAGGAUAUCAUCUUUCCUGAUAAGCUAACAGAGAGAUUACUUCCAACAAUCAAUGAUCUCAAGAAUCUGGAAUUACAAAUUGAUUCAUCUACUGCCACUUCUCAACAAAUUUUGGAUGGCUUUGUUUGGAUGCUUCCAGGUUUGAAGAGGUUGUCCUUGACUUUGGGUUCCAUCUCGAAACUUAUUGAGUUUCCGCAAUGAGGAUGAUGUGAAGGUGCUCUCAGCAGAAGUAGCGACUAGUGCACAAUCCAAAAUUAACACACGAUGACAGUGAGUAUGCUUUCUUCGAAUUAGAGAACUACUUAAACUCCGUGUUAUUGGAAGUAGAAGCAAAGAGAUUGGAUAAAUUUUGUAACUGCUAUAGCCAAACAAUUAUCAGUCACUAAGUUGCGCUGGACCACUUUUUUGGAGAAGUAAUUUGGAGGAAAAGUUAAUGCGAAGAGAAUGUGUAGCGAUAGUUUAUGAAGUUUUCUUUUUUCCUAAGUAGUUUUCUAGAGAAGUGACUCACUUUCCUUCUCUGUGGAUGUCCAUAAUGCUUACUUUAGAACUCUUUGCAUGGCCUGUAAACAUUGCCACACUAAUUACAUUUUCUUGUUGCCUGCCCUACUCCCAA